GACCAGCACUUGUAGUUCUUCACUAAAUGAGGAACGGGCAAAGUGGUCUUCAGAACUUAGCCUGCUCCUAAAUGAAAAGUGUUCUAAUUCUUAGAGUCAUUGUUCUUGGAUGUAGCAUGAGCUGCUGUUCUCUGAAAAUGUCAAGGCAUUCUUUAGGCAAACUGCUGAGAGGAAGGGAACAUCCCCUCCUCUCCUGGAAUUCACUUUGCAAUAUUCUUUCUGCUCUGCAAAAAGCAGAUGUUGAUAAAAAUUCAUCCCAGAUCCCAGGGUGCACUGAAUCUUUGGAAGUAUGUAAUCUUGUGCUGAAUCUCCCAAGAGAGUGUUUCUUCCCAAGAAAAUGAAGGCUCCUGAUUUUUCAGCCCUCCUUCCCAUUUGUAGAUGACAGCCGCUUGCCUUGGUGCCUGUUUGUCUUCUGAUUUCUGUCUGCUCUGAUGGUUUUUCCAUGGGCUUAGUUUCCCCUCAAGGCAACCCUGCAAAGGAGUGUGGGAGAAUCAGACUCUGUGCAGAGCUGCCUGUUUUGCUGGGGCUGCUGUUGUUGUUGUUCUUGUUGAUGUUAUCGUUAGCCAAAAGACCACAAAUUGCUCAGAGCCCCAGAGAGUGGAGCUGGGUUUCAGAUCUCCUGCAAGCUCAAUCUCUCUGUUUUGAACUUUGCUUCUUGCAUUUUGUUUCUUUCAGGGUGUGUGGUGAGUGUGGAAGAUCCAGAAAAGAAGUACACUGGAUGGGAACAUCUUGGCAGUGGGGGCUUUGGAGCUGUUUAUAAGGCCUUUGACACUGCCACAGGACAAGCGGUGGCUGUAAAGGAACUUUAUCUCCAGCACCAUGGCUGUGAGGGAGUAUUAAAAGAAAUCCUGCUCAUAAGAGAAAAUAAGAACGCCAAUAUUGUCAGCUACUUAGAAAGCUACCUUGUGGAUGAGGCUGUCCUGCUGGUGUUGGAAUAUAUGGAUGGAGGCUCCUUAGCUGAUGUGGUCACCGUGAGAAGGAUGGCUGUAGGACACAUAGCAACAGUGUGUCGGGAGUGCCUGCAAGGCCUGGCUUUCCUUCAUGCCAAGCAGGUGAUCCACAGAGACAUCAAAAGUGACAACAUCCUUCUGGGCCGGGAUGGCUCCGUCAGGCUGGCUGAUUUUGGCCUCUGUGCUGUGCUCAGCCCUGAGCACAGGAAACGGAGGUCGAUGGUCGGGACCACUUACUGGAUGGCACCCGAGGUGGUGAGAAGAGAGCCUUACGGCCCCAAAGUGGACACCUGGUCCCUUGGCAUUGUGGGAAUAGAAAUGGCCACAGGAGAGGCUCCUUAUAUGCAGGAGACCAGUGUCAAGGCCAGCUACCUGAUAGGCAAGCAAGGGGUUCCAAAUCUGCACCAGCUCAGGCUACCCCCUGGCUUGUGUGAAUUUCUGGGCUGCUGCCUGCAGAUGGAUGUGGACAGGCAAGGCUCUGCCAAGGAACUUCUGCAGCAUCCAUUUCUGCAAUCAGCGGAGCCUCUCUUAAGCCUCUUCUGACAGCCUGAUUGCUGCCAUCCCUGCAGCAAGGGAAUGCAAAAAGCAAAGGAGAUGACAAGGUGUGAGAGUCUGUCCGAAACUUCCCUCAUUUUUUGCCUCUCGAUCGUCAUGAAAGCCAAGACCACCGGGGAAAGGGAAAGAUCCUGUUCUGAAAAUCCAGGUCUGUCUGGUCCACCAAGCCAGAUUAUUGCCUACGGGUGUGUUUGCUCAACUCAUGGAACACUGCACCCAAGAAGGGGCAGUGUGCUCUCCUUCGCCUGCAUCACCUAGCAACGCUAGUGCUGGAAUUUCUCCACCCUUCUGACUUGGCUGGACUUUCUCUCUGGAAUGACCUUCCCGGAGGUCGCCACAAAAGGACCCUCCAUUCACUGUACAUCAACCACCGUGACAGAUGGACUGAGAUGGGAGAAGGUUCUCCCCUCAAGGACUGAGACGUGCGACCCCUACCUGGAAAAGCUCCCCUCUUUUCCCAAAAGGACUAAGACUGAAAUCCCCACCGUAGGGUGAGGGAAGGUAUGCGUGGGGACCGGAGCAAGUUUUGCAAGCGACCACUGGACCGAGAAGACAAUGGUUCCUGCCUACGACAUCUGCUGCUGACGACACCUGUUCCUGAUGGACUACUGAUGGACUCCUUGUACCCUUUAUCAAUAGAGUAUUUUGAAAUGGGUCCCCUUCCCCCAUUUCAAAAGGACUAUAAAAAAGGUUAGACCUGACUGAUACCUUUGAGAUCUCCCCUGACGUGAGGACGACAGGCCUCUUCGUCGACCGGACUUCGAGGGACUUUGUCAUCCGCACGUCUGGUAGCUAUACACCUCCUUGCCCUCCCUCUCUUCUUUUUCUUUUCCUUAUUCUUUUCCCUUUCUUCAUUCCCCUUCUCUCUAACGCAUCUUUGCUAUGGCUAUUUAAUAAAAGUACAUGUAUUUUGAUUUUACUGCAAA